AUACUCUCUCUCUAACAUCCACUACACACAUACACACGCAUCCACGCCACAGGAUACACACGCACCAUGGGCAUCGCAGCGGCAAUGUUGCUCGCGGGCAUCGCGUACGUCGUGAUCAAGAAGGCGACGAAGAACAGCAACAAGCCGCAACAGAUUGCGUACGGCGCGCCAGCACCGGGCGGGUGGGGCGGCGUUGGCGGCGGUUACGGAGGGUAUGCGGGCCGUGAUGCGCAAACACAACAGUACGGAGGGCAGCAGCAACAAUACGGCCAGCAGCAGCAGUACGGACAACAACAACAGUACGGCCAGCAACAAGGUUGGGGCGGCCCUCCUUCCGGCCCUCCGGGUGGCGGAUACGGCGGCCCGCCCGGCUACGACCAGUACGGCCAGCAGCAGCAGCAGUAUGGCCAGCAACAGGGCUACGGCGGACAGCAGGGUUACGGCGGCCAGCAACAGUACGGGCAGUACGGCGCGCGCGACCACCCGAACCAGCGCGCGGGUGUCGGCACGGCCCUGGGCGGCGCGGCGCUCGGCGUCGGGGCGGCAUACGGCAUCUCGCAGCUCAUGUCUGGCCCCACGCCGCAGGGCGGGCCGGACUUUGGCCGCGUGAUGCAGGUGCUCAUGCAGUGUGUGCAGGAGCAACGCAUCGGCGCGUUCUACCGCGACCAGCGCUCGGUCGAAGCCGUCGCCAACCGCAUCGUGCAGACCGGCGCGGCGCAGCGCAUCGCGCAGGGCUGGCAGAUCCCCCCGCCGAUCGCCAUCGACCUCAUCAAGAUGGCGCUGUUUGACACUGUUAUCCUUGUCGACGACUCGGGGAGCAUGCGGUUUGAGCAGAAGGGGUCGCGUAUUGAGGACCUGAUCCAGAUCCUGGCCAAGGUCGCUGGCGCGGCAAGCUUGUUCGAUGACGACGGAUUCCAAAUCCGCUUCCUCAACUCGACCAUGGCGCCCAACAACAUCACGACGGAAGAAGCGGCCGUCAACCUGAUCCAGCAGGUCAAGUUUGACGGGCGCACGCCGCUCGGCACGGCGCUCGACCAGAAGAUCCUGCAGCCCCUCCUCAUGGCGCCGGCAAGGGCAGGCCAGCUGCGCAAGCCGCUGCACAUCAUCAUCAUCACGGACGGCGAGCCGAACGGCGAGCCGCGCGAGACGCUGCGCAACGUGAUUGUGCGCACGAACCGCGAGCUGCGCAACUCGCCUUACGGCCCAGAUGCGGUCAGCUACCAGCUCGCGCAGGUAGGCAACGACACGUCGGCGCAAAAGUUCCUCUCGUCCCUCGAUGACGACCGCGAGAUUGGCGGCCUCGUCGACCAGACCAUGGACUACGACUUUGAGCGCGACGAGAUGCGCCGCAAGACCGGGCAGGACCUCACGCCGCAGCUCUGGCUGAUGAAGCUGCUUCUUGGCGCCAUUGACGACAGCUACGACUCGAAGGACGAGUAGGGGGCGUGAGCAGAGAGCUUAUAGUGCCACUCUGAUGUCCAUACACGAAGAAGCAGAGUGCUGUAUAUGCAUGUACGAUGAGAAGUUGCGAA